ACAGGACAGAGAACAGAGUCUGCCUUCAGUUCACAUCCUUCUUUGUGAGCACAUUCAUGUUGCUCCGUUCAGACACUAGGUAACCGUAGUGGAUGUUAUUUAGCAGCUGAUGUGUUUUACCUGCAGACACAGCAGAGAGAGGAGCCACCAACAUGAGGUUUAAAGUAGCAGAAGCUGGAUUUGUCGUCUUCCUUCUCUCCUCAUCAGUGGUACUUGGUCAGACUGGUCAUGGAGUGACUUACUCUUCUACUCAGAUCUGUGCUGUCGAAGGAUCAACAGUGGAAAUAAGCUGCAGCUACACGUACCCAUCCAGAAUAAAUGACAACGUCACCGUGGUUGAAAAAGCUGUAUGGUUUACUAAAAUGGAAGGUGGUGAACCUGUGGAUCUGAUGACAGACGCAGAGUUUUCAGGUCGUGUUCAGUAUCACUGUGAUGAGAACAAGUGCACUCUGAGAAUCUCAGACCUUAGAGAGAGAGACUCAGCUGAGUACAAGUUCAGAUUCACAACAAACCAACCAGGAGGGAAAUAUACUGGUUCACCUGGAGUCACUCUGACUGUCACAGUUCUCCGUGUAGAGGCCAAGAAAACAUCUCCAACAUGGUAUCCUAACUGGGCAGAGUUGAAGUGUCAGAGCAGGUGUCGUCUAUCUGCUCGUUCCUACGUCUGGUACAAGAAUGGACUGAACAAAAUUGAAUCAAAAGAGCAAUAUUUUGACAAUGGAGAUAGUGUUUCCUGUGCGGUUAAAGGAUCUGAGAAGUUUCCCUCUCCUCCACAAUGUUCUGUCUACAGAACCUGCAACAAAGUGACUUACACUGACAGAAGCAUCUGUGCCAUCAAAGGUUCAUCAGUGGACAUUUCCUGCACAUACAGUAAUUAUUAUUAUUCUGUUGUGUCAAAGUUCUGGUUCAGUCCUGAUCGUAGUCGUCAGUGGAUGAAUCCCUCACAGCCUGAGGACCUGAGAAAAGACUCCCAGUAUUCAGGUCGUGUUCAGGUCCUUGAUCUAUGGAGAGGAAGAUCCACUCUGAGAAUCGCUAACCUGAGAGAGAGUGAUUCAUCUGAGUAUCACUUCAAAUUCAAGACAUCAGGGUUUGAAUGGAGAAGUGUUUUACCUGGAACAACUCUGACUGUCACAGCUCUGCAGGUGCAGGUGACCAGAAUAAUAUCAGUCCAUCAGUCUCAAACUGAGGCAGAGCUCAAGUGUCUCAGCAGCUGCAGUCCAGCUGGUCGUCUUUACGUCUGGUUCAAGAACCAACAGAGAAUCAGGACACAGCAAACUUCUACUUUGACAGACAACUUUUCUCCUGGAGACACCGUCUCCUGUGCUUUCAGUGGACAUGAGGAUUACCGCUCUCCUUCAGUCUAUCCUUCAAAGCUUCCCUCUGUAUCAGUGAGUCCCACUGGUGAGAUAGUGGAGGGUAGUUCAGUGACUCUGACCUGUAGGAAUGAUGCUAACCCAGCAGCUAACAACACCUGGUACAAGGGUAACCAAACACUUCCUCUGGGACCAGGAGGUAUUUAUCAUUUCACCUCCAUCAGCUCUGAGGACAGAGGGAUCUACUACUGCAAGUCUGAGGAUCAACAGUUUGUGCCUGUAUUCAUAGACGUCCAGUAUCCUCCAAAGCUUCCCUCUGUAUCAGUGAGUCCAUCUGGUGAGAUAGUGGAGGGUAGCGUCUCCCAAAGCAGAUUGGUUCUAGAUGAAGAGUCAGACAAAGAACAGUUCAGAAGACCCCGAAUGAAGAGAAAGAACAGGAGACAGUGUAGCUGGCUCGGAGUGUACCGGGCCGAGUACACCCUGGAGCCAGGCCUGGGGCUGGGGCUCGUGGGCAAGCGCCUGGUGGCCGGGCCAUUGCCCAUGGGCCCUGGCCGGGCCCAGCCUGAACUGGAUACAUGGGCUCGCCUCCCUGUGGCACCACCAACUGCAGAAGGGGAAGCAGAACCAGAGGGCCUGGGGAGUGAUCCGAGGAUCUCGUCCCUGCUUUUUGCAGAUGAUGUGGUCAUCCUAGCUUCAUUGAACUACGACCUCCAGCUCUUACUAAGGCAGUUUGUAGCCAGGUGUGAAGCGACUGUGAUGAAGAUGAGCAUCUCCAAGUCUGAGGCCAUGGUCCUCAGUUGGAUAAAGGUGGAUUGCCCACUCCGGACUGAUGAAAUUCACUAUGCCAGUGUACAGCUUGCUACAACCCAGGAAAACCCGGUCUACUCCAACCUCAGAUCAGCCAAUCUUCGCAGAUACGAAGAGGAUUGUGUUUACACGGCAGUCAGACCCAGCACCCGCAGAACAAGCGGUCAGGCAGCUGCAGAGGAACAGGUGUACAGCAAGGUGAAUUAA